CGGGUCGCUCACUGGCGGCGGGCUGCUCCGAGGCUGGGCGGGCAUGGCUGCGGCGAAAGUCCUGUGGCGGUGGCAGAGGCUAAGCUGGGAAGCAACCGUGGCCCGGAGGACGGCGCUGGGCUUCCCUCAGUUGUUGGGUUGUAGACAAAAAUCAUCACACAGUUUCCUUAACCGAACUGAUAAUCCGAAUCUAGCUUAUCAUAGGCUAAAAGGCAAAAAUCCUGGAGUUGUAUUCCUUCCAGGUCUUUUCUCAAAUAUGAAUGGUGAUAAGGCGCUUGCACUGGAAGACUACUGCAAAUCAGUUGGUCAUGCUUUUGUAAGGUUUGAUUAUAGAGGUUGUGGAAGUUCAGAAGGCAAUAUUAAAGAGAGUACAUUGGGAAAGUGGCGGAAGGAUGUUCUUUCUAUACUAGAUGAACUCACACAAGGACCACAGAUUUUAGUUGGUUCCAGCUUGGGUGGAUGGCUGAUGCUUCAUGCUGCAAUUGCACGUCCAGAAAAGGUGGCUGCACUAGUUGGAAUAGCAGUCGCCGCAGAUUAUCUUGUAGCGACUUAUCAACAGCUUCCUGUAGAGACCAAAAAAGAAAUAGAAGAAAAGGGUGAAUGGAGGCUGCCAACCAGGCACAACAAAGAAGGAUUUUACUCUCUGCCAUAUGAACUCAUUCAUGAAGCAGAAAAUCACUGUGUCUUGAGUAGCCCUCUUCCCAUAAAAUGCCCAGUGAGACUCAUCCAUGGGAUUAAAGAUGAAGAUAUCCCAUGGCAGAUUUCAAUGAAGGUUGCCGAGAAUGUUGUCAGUGGAGAUGUGGAUAUUAUUCUCCGCAAAGGUGGCCAACAUCGACUGAAUGAGAAGGAUGAUAUCAGACUCAUGAUAUAUACUGUGGAAGACUUGAUUGAGCAGUUGAGCACCUAGUCUGAAUUUCAUGGGGACAGGAGCAGAAGACAUCUUAAAAGAAAAAAACUAAUUUCAAAGGUUCAGCUAGAAAGACCUGGAGAUUUACAAUUAUCUUCUUACCUUUUCACUCUUGGUGGGGACAGGCAGUAAAUACAGCUAUUUUCUUGAAGCUGUAUUUGCACAGACAAUACAAUGUGAAUAAAAUGCUGCUGUUAAAACCCUUGUGCCCUACUCAGAUUACCACUGACCUUUAUGCAAUGUGCAUUUCUCCUAUUCUCACUCCUGAGUAUAUUAUAUAAGUACAUUUGUGCCAAUAAUUACUACUCAUCUUGUAGUCUAGUGUGACUUUUCAUUCAUUUUUACACUUUAAAUAAAUAUGCAUUAGAACACUUUUUCACAUAAGUUGUGAAAUGUAACUUAAUAGUCUCUGGAAUAUGCCUGAAAUACUCAUAUGUUACUUCUAGUAUGAACCAGUAGUUGGCUUUCUCAGUGCCGAAUGAUACUGAAAGUUAGGGGACAUACAUGUUUCCUCCUGAAUUACCUAAAAUAGCUUGAAUUAUUUAUGUUUCCUGUGCAUGAGUUAAUAGGCUACUAGAACUGUUCAUUAUAAUAUUUUAGACCCAGGUUUCACCAAAGGAAAAACAAAAAUCCAUCACUUAAUGCACAUUUGUAUACCAAAGAAUGAGUCUUUCUAUAUCACUUAUCAGACAUCUAAACACAGGAAAUGGCUUUAGUCUGGAUCUGUUUCGUGCUUGAUAUGGCCAGGCCCACCAACAUAAAAUAUUAGAUGUAUCGCAGCAGUAUUGGCGGGAAAGGGGAGACAUUCUGGGGAGACAAGAUUGCAGAGCAGAAGGAAGGAUUAAACCAGCAUGCUGUGGUCGUAAUCCAGUUUGGCUGUGUCCUACUUGGUUUUAAUUAGUGGAAAAAAAUGUCACUGCAAGUAACAUAUUUACUGUUGUAUGUAUUUAGAGCCUUGUCUCACAGAGUAGAAUUAGGCCAUAAGUAUGGAAACACAUCAGUGGUUCUGUUCAAGACUGCUAUUUAUUUUGGUUCUAUAAACUUGCAGUGAUGGAUUGCCUAAGAAGAUCAUAUUUGCAAAGUGGACUGCUGCAUAUUCCUCAAUCCUGAUUUAUCUUGUGAUUGCAGUUGUCAGUGAUGAAGAUCCUGAAGCUUUUUCUUAUAUACUGGCAUGGCUUGGCAUAAAAAAUUUCAUUGCUAUAUUUAAGAAAUGCUACUUUAAACUUAAAAGAUUAUUACUAUAAAAAUUUGUUCUGCAUGUAGCCUUGAAGAGGGUUUUCUAGGGUUAGCAUUUCUCAGUACGAGUUUUUCAUAUGAUGAGGAAACAAAUCUGAUGACAUUACAGCUCAAAAAAGUUCAACUAUAAGUCACUGAAUCAAUUUCUGCUGUGCAAAUGAGGCAGGCCUACAACACCCAGUCUGGAGCAUGUUGAAUGUUGCAGGCCCUUUUUCCCCGCCUAAAUAUGCAUAGAUUAUACCUUAGGUAUUUCAUUUAUUGCAAAAAGCUCUAGAUGGUAAGCCAUGUUACUCUGUGAUGAGAAGUCUGCUUUUUGUCAAUGCUUUACCAUACCUGGUGUUAUCAGAUGCUUAACCUCCAGGAAAUCGCUCUCAGUAGGUGCUAUUCCCAUUGAGACUUCCCAGCAAUUGGGAAUCUAGUGCCUUAAAUGGAUUCUCAGCACUUAGUAUUUCACAGCUCUAGGGAAAAGGCUGCCUUUAAUUGUAAGUUUCUAAAUGUGGUUUAACAACAUGAAGAAACAUGAUGUUGCAUGUCUACACAGGCCUGGAUGACCUGAGUGUGCUCCUGCUGAAUAGUGUCAGCACAAGUCUGUGUUGCACCUGCAGUCCUUUGGAUUGCAGCAUGACAGGAGAUACUAUUGUGGAUGCUGCUUGACUGAUUCUGUGUCAUGAGUUCAGUUGUGCUGAGUAUUGCAUAAUAAAGCUCUUCUCGGAUGCUGUAUUUCUGAGAAUUCACAAGGAAGGCUGUGUUAAUGAGUAAGCAGCGCUUCUGGUAAAAACUGUAACUGUUCCAGAUUCCGAACACUGGGUUAUAGACUGCCCAAUAGGCUUCUCUGUGUACUGCAGAGAUACAGAAAGGAGCUGAUAAAUCAUAGUAAUUAUACUUGAUUAUGCACUUUUAAGGGGAGAUCUGUCUAUGUAAAUCUAGGAAGAAUCUAGUAUCUUUUGCAUGCAGAUACCAAACAGGUCCACAAUCUGAUUCACUUUCCUCUGAGCAUUCAGUCUCCUGUCUGAGACUGUCUACUGUUACUCCUUCAUACAAUUCUCUCAUCAGAAAAUUGAGCAAAGAGAACUGCUGUGCAAAAAAGGCAAUGACAAAGUACAGUUUUCUUAAAUAUGCAAAAUAGUGCCCUAAAAGAAAUGUCUGUCUUAUCCAAGUAAAUGCAGAGUAGAUGUUAAGAAUUUGAAAAUAACUGUCUGCAUGUGUUUGAAAAGAAUGAAAUGGCUGUACAUAAAUUGUACGUGACCUGAACUGCAGUGACAAAAAGUAAGUUUCCCUCUUUUUGUACAAUUUUCAGACUUCUUAUUACCCUUAAUAAAGAGAUGUUGUCCCAAAGUA